AUGCUUGCAAAGAGUGGUUUAAAAAAGUGUGGCGUUUCCGGACUUACCAUCGCCUUGUUGCUUGUUUUGCUAAAUGUAGUGCUACUUGUACUGAAUAAUACAUUAAUAAAGUUAGAAUUAAGUGCGAGGGGAUGUCCUAGAAAAUUAGCUGAAAAAGCACAGCAGACGAAUAAUACAAAUGCUCAAAGUUGUACUCGGACUGAUUUGGCUAAAAAGAAAAAAAAAAAAAAAAAUGAAAUGCCAAUCGGAGGUACGAAAAAUGAUGUUACGAUAUAUUUAUCAAAAAAACAGAUAAAUAAGUUAGUUAAAUCAUGUUCAUGUUUUGUAAAUAAGGACAAAAUUUAUAGUAUAUAUUAUUAUUAUCUUAAAUGUAAAAUUUCAUGUUAUCUUAAAAUGAUGUCCAAAAUAAAGAAAAAUUUUUAUAAAAUGUGUAAACAAGAAGAAAUACCUAAUGAUAUAUAUGAUCUUUACUGGACAGAAUGUAAGAAAAAACUUUUUCAACAUUUAAGAGAAAUGAAAUGUUCAUCGAGAUGGCAAACUUUUACGUUUCUAAAUAAAUCUGUAAUAACUAAUUAUUCCUUAAAUGUCUUCUUGGAGAAUUUUGAAAAUAUAUGGAAUACUAAUAUUGAUGUAUAUGGAUGCAAGGCGGCUAAAUUUUUAGAAAAAAAAGUAGAUGAUUAUAUUUCAUUGAGAGACAUUGAGAAUUCCAAAAAAAAAAAAAAAAAAAAAAAAUGCUGCAAGUUGCCAAAAAGGAUAUACUUAGGAAGGAAGGUAAGAAUAACAGAGAAAGAAGAUGGGGGUCCUCUAAUAACCACCGAACGUACAUAUAUAGAAAGGAUAUAA